AUGAAGACAGAGAGAAACGUAAACGCAUACAGCUCCGACGGAAGAAUAUACCAGCUGGAAUAUGCAAUGAAAGCUGCCUCCCUGGGAACAACCACGAUAGGCGUGAAGGUGCACGAGGGAGUGAUUGUAGUCUCUGAGAAAAAGAUAGUUUCUCCCCUGCAGAUACCCGAGAGCGUGAAGAAGCACCAUUUAGUGUACGAGCACUGCGGAUUUGCCUUCUCAGGGCUCAGUGGAGAUGCCAGAACAAUCAUCACAAAGGCCCGGGAGAAUGCGAUCAUGCACAAGUUCGUGUACAAUGAGAGAAUCCCCAUAGAGGGCGUUGCACAGUAUCUCUCGUCUAUUUCCCUGAACUUCAGCGCAGAGAAAGACCACAACAAAAUCUUCAGUCGGCCCUUUGGGAUCUCGAUUCUAGUCCCUGGGUUCGACACCGAGCCCAGACUUUUCUCUCUCGAUCCUUCUGGGACGUAUCGGGAGUACUAUGCGAAGGCGAUAGGGUCUGCAGCAGAGGCUGUGACAGCAGAGCUUGAAAACACGUACAAAGAAGACAUUUCCCUGGAGGAGGCGAUAGAAAGCACGCUUCUCCUGCUGAAGUCCGUGAUGAAAGACCCCAUCACGCGGCAGAACUGCGAGGUAAUGGUCUGCACUCGGGAGGGAGUGCGCCUGCUCGCCCCAGAGGAGAUAGAGGGGUAUUUAAAUAAGUAA